AUGUCUGUACUCAACGGAUCAUAUCUUGCCCGCUACGCCGCCAUGGCUAUCAGCGCCGCCAACCUUGCCAAUCUUCGAGGGACGUUUGUAUACGACUCUCCCCUGCAGAGCGGAUAUUCCUGGAUACCAGAUUCUAGGCAUCGAUUUAGAUCGCUCGCCUAUGCUGGCAAAGCCCUCGAAAUAGCCACCGAUUGUAGAUCCACGGACAUCAGUACUCUUCUCGCUGCGCAUCUGAUGCUCACAUUUGUGGAAUUGGAGCUGGGAUCGUUUGAAGGGCUGCGCUACUACAUUUCCACCGUUGACGGCUUGGUUUACAACACACACAGUCAGCUUUUGCGUGAGAAACACGGCCCAGAAAUUCUCUGUGGUUUAUUCGACGCGCGUUCUGUGCAAAAGUUCGUUGCUGGUCCUAUCGGUCCACCGAGUACGCGCGAGUUGAUGAUGAAUCAGUUCUGGCAGACGCUGGAGAUUCAUAUGCCCAUCAAGCCGGAUGUGGCUCAAAGUCUUGGAUGCGAAAUGGCAAUCAUACUCGAGCGCCUUUGUCUGCUCACAACAAUGCAGCAUCAUCUAACGAUCCCAAGCCGCAUGCAAUACAUUGUCAUGAAGCAAUUAUCAGACUACUUAAACACAUUAUAUCCUACGAACCGGAACGAGCAGAUUUCCAAGCAUCAACUGGUGUCUGCCUACCAGGAGUGCCUCGGAGACAUGGCGGGCAUCAGAGAACAGGUUCUCUCGUUGCCCACGCCCCCGGGGGUUCCGCUGCUCAGCGAUGAAGGAAGCCAGUACACACUGGUUACUGACAUAGAGAAGAUUGAGCCAACAUCAAACGAGGAAAACGAGCCUCUACGGUUCGAUAGCCAUAGAGAAUCCAUGGUAGCUGCCGACUACGCAUGGUGUCGGAUACUGUGUGAUGAAUCCAUCAUCCUGGGAAUAACGAAUCCAUCCGGAGGACCACUCAGCCCAAUUAGCCCGAAUGCCAGCCACUGGAUGGAUGUUCUUGUCCGAAUUGCCCGAGGCAUCGACAUAUCUGAAUGUUCGACUAAGAAUAUUUACCGCAGAGGAAUCUGCGGCAUGUUGCUUCAUUCAGCAAUACGCUGUGGCAACACCAACACAAUUGAUGUUCUUGAAAAUAUUCUAGAUUGUCUGAUAUCUAAUGGCAGUGCUUGGGAGGACUGCAUGUUUUCGAAUACCCCGUCCGUGUCCACCGUCCGGGCCGUUCAACGACAACUCGAGCAGAGACGAAGUAUUCUGAUGGUAUCCUCACUCGACGAGAAUGUGAACCCAAGAACCACCAUUAUGUCCAAUCGAAUGGUUCGCACUCUGAUAUUACAUGGGUGGGAGACCGAUGGAAGAACGUUUGAUGAGACUUUACACCUAGACGAUUUCGCCACUGCUCUUGGAACGCCAAGUUGA